UCCGCCGUGGGUCCCGGGGUACAGGUGCGUGAGAAACUAGUGCCAGCGCCGAGGAAGCCCGGUCCCCAGGCCAUGGGGGGUCAGCUGAGGCUGCCACCCGGGGAGCCCUGCCGAGAAGGUCACGUGCUGUCUCUGGUCUGUUCGAACUCUUCCCAGGCUUCCUGUGAGAUCACAAGCGUGUCACAGCUGCUGCCUUAUCCUGCCCUCUACACGAACCUGAGUUCCACUAUCAACAAUUUCAGCAUUUCUGAAAAUGUCGAAAAUAAAUACAGUCUCUAUGGGGGCUUGGCACUGGCCAUCAGCUCCAGCAUUUUUAUUGGUUCAAGUUUCAUACUCAAAAAGAAGGGUCUCUUGCAACUGGCCAACAAGGGCAUCACUAGAGCAGGGCAAGGUGGACAUUCUUACCUCAAGGAAUGGGUGUGGUGGGCAGGACUUCUGUCGAUGGGAGCUGGAGAGGCCGCGAACUUUGCGGCCUAUGCAUUUGCACCUGCCACCUUGAUCACCCCCCUGGGGGCGCUGAGUGUUCUCAUAAGCGCAAUAUUGUCUUCCUAUUUUUUAAACGAGCACUUGAACAUUCACGGGAAAAUAGGCUGCAUUUUAAGCAUACUGGGGUCAACUGUGAUGGUUAUCCAUGCCCCCCAAGAGGAAGAAGUCACUUCUUUGCGUGAAAUGGAAAUGAAAUUGAGAGAUCCAGGCUUCAUUUCCUUUGCUGUGAUCGUCUCUGUGAUCUCCUUGGUGCUGAUUGUGAUCGUGGCGCCCAAGAAAGGACAGACUAAUAUACUGGUCUACAUCGCAAUCUGUUCUUUGAUAGGAGCGUUUUCGGUUUCUUCUGCCAAGGGCUUGGGAAUUGCCAUCAAGGAACUGCUAGAGUGGAAGCCUGUUUACAAGGAUCCCCUGGUCUUCAUUCUGUUGGCUGUGCUUAUACUUUCCAUAAUGACACAGGUUAACUAUCUCAACAAAGCCCUGGACACUUUCAACACCUCUCUGGUGACUCCCAUUUAUUACGUGUUCUUCACAUCCAUGGUGGUGACAUGCUCUGCCAUCUUGUUCCAGGAGUGGUAUGGCAUGAAAGCCAGAGAUAUCAUUGGUACCCUGAGUGGGUUCUUCACCAUCAUCAAUGGCAUCUUCCUCCUCCAUGCCUUUAAAAACACUGACAUCACCUGGAGUGAGCUCACAUCCACUGCUAAGAAGGAGGGCCUUUCUCCAAACGGCAGUCAGAACAGUUACGUUUUACUAGAGAAUGCAGACUAUUCAGCCGCGGUGUAUGAUGAUGAUGUCACCCUGUUUAGCAAGACUGAUGACCAAAGUCUCCAUAAACUUUGAACUUCAACCAAGACACCUGGAAACAAACAACACUUGCUCUUGGAAGAUCUGUUUGUAUGUUAGCAUAUUUAACACUGUACCAACACUCUGGAUGGGAGGCCAAGACAAAAGCCAAAUUGGAAAAUCAAGUUUGAUCUUCUUCUAGAAGAUUUGUGUCUUUCUAUUAUGUUUUUUGCAACCAUUGAAACAGAUCCGGAGACAAAAGAAGUCAAGGGCUUAUAUUUGUCUCUGGAUAAUUCUUCUGGUCAAUAGGUUUGGCACUGCUGGGUGGCAGUUCAUUUCUCUGCUGCCUAGUCAUGGACUCAAGGUGAUUGGCAGAUCAAGUUAACUGGGUUCUGACUGCGUGGUCUCUGAUGAGUCAUAAUCUGAAGCUAUUAAAACUAAGAAAUGGGAAGACUGGAGCUUUGUCCUCUCAUCUGCAAAUACCUUCUUUAAAAUAUAAAAGAACAUAAUGACCUAAAAUGUACAUGACACAUACAUUUUUUUUCUUUUCCCCAAACACACACAAAUGAUUAUGUCAGAGAUUCUAUUAACACAGACCUGGCUGAAAUAAGCAAAAAUGUGUUUUCCGGAAGACUCAGGUGAAUUUAGCUUUGCAGUGACUUACAAUAGCCAAUUUGUUCCUUUUUCUUUUCUUUUUCUUUUUUUUUUGGGGGGUUGGAGUUUGGAUAUUUUCUUUGGGUUUGUUUAUUUUUUCAGGCAAGCUCUUGCUCUAUGACGCAGGCUAGCCCAGAGCUCAUCACAACUCUCCUGCUUCCACCCCACUGAGUGCUGGGGUUACAGAUGUGCACCACCACACUUCUUUUUGAAAAUUAUUAUUCCAUAGGUUUCUUCUCGUCGACAUGGAGGUCUCUGUAAAGCAACUCCACAAUGUGACAUAUAAAAACAUGCUUCAGUUUUUCUCAAAUGUCUUAUCUCUCAGAGGCAGGUCUUCUAAAACCAAAAACAACUAACAGAUUCUUUGUGAUGUCCUAAUGUUCUUUUAAAGCUUCCCACUUUCAUCUUUAUUAAGGAAAUUAUGAACCCCGUUUCUAAAUUUUCAGAAUGGGCACAACCUGUUGCUGUUUUGAAUUAUGGAUGCGUUUUCUUGCCAGUUGAGUUCAUCUUGGCCACGCUUUCCAAUUCAGCUCAUUGAUGAGUGUAUAGGGAGAGAGAAAUUCCUAAAAACAAAGUGUUAAGACCCCGGACAUACUACAGGAAGUGUCUUUUGCUCAUUAAAAGUUUGCAUUUGAUUUCCCUGACUCACUCUA